AUGUUCUGUUUACAGGAUCCCUCUCAUUGGGUGAAUAUUCACCAUCUGGAGUACACAGACGGGGGAAUCCUGGACCCAGAUGACAUCCUGGCAGAUGUUGUGGAAGACAAAGAUAAGCUGGUUGCCGUGUAUGACGAGCAAGAUUCACUCCCCAAGUCCGGUGACACUGGUGGCAGUCUGACAGAUGGAAACAGCCAUCCAGAUACUUUUGAGACAGAGGUAGCUGCCCAGCUGGCUGCCUUUCAGCCAAUUGGAGGAGAGAUUGAAGUGACACCCUCUGCCCUGAAACUAGGGACACCAUUGUUGGUCAGACGGAGCAGUGAUCCUGCACUGGGCCCACCUGCUGACUUUCCUGCUGGUGCUUCACAUGCCAAUGACCAUGGUCUGAAGUCUUCUGUUUCAUGUUCAACACACUCCUCAUCAGAAGAAUGGGAUCUUGGUGCACACAAUGAAGUGCUGGCAUCUCAGAAAACAAAAGCCAUUUUCAGCAACCUGACAAAAACAGUGGAGAUUUCUGGGGAAGGUGGCCCACUGGGGAUACACGUGGUGCCAUACUUUUCAUCUUUAAGUGGAAGGAUUCUAGGACUCUUUAUCCGAGGCAUUGAGGAAAAUAGCCGAUCUAAGAGGGAAGGGCUUUUCCAUGAAAAUGAGUGCAUUGUGAAAAUUAAUGACACAGAACUUGCCGAUAAAACUUUUUCACAAGCGCAAGACCUCUUCCGGCAGUCAAUGAAAGCUCCAGCUAUCACCUUACAAGUGGUUCCUCCAUACAACCGUGAACAGUAUGAGAAGUCUGUCAUUGCAUCUUUAUAUUCCUCAGAUAAUGCUGAACAUAUUUCAAAGAUGAAAGUUCCACCUCCCAUCCAUUCAAAGCCAGUGCCAAAGGAAUUAGAUUUGUCUGGAAUGAAUCAGCUGGAGACUGGUACACGGACAGUGUUGCAUCCUGCCAAGAGCCCUAACUUUCCAAGGGUUGGUAGGAAGACAUCAUCACCAUCUUUAUCUCCACUGAUGGGCUUUGGCAGCAAGAAAAAUGCAAAGAGGAUAAGAAUAGACCUCAAGAAAGGUCCUGAAGGACUUGGUUUCACUGUAGUUACAAGAGACUCUUCAGUCCAUGGUCCUGGACCUAUAUUUGUAAAGAACAUUUUGCCCCGAGGGGCAGCUGUUAAAGAUGGUCGUUUACAAUCAGGGGACAGAAUACUGGAGGUAAAUGGUAGAGACAUCAGUGGCAGAACCCAGGAAGAGCUUGUAGCUACGUUGAGGAGUACAAAGCAAGGAGAGACGGUCUCUCUAGUUGUUGCUCGUCAAGAGGAAACUUUUCUGCCAAGAGAGCUGAAAGGAGAGCCCUACUGCAGUGUUCUUUCACUAGAGACUACCGAGCAAUUGACCUUUGAGAUCCCUCUGAAUGACUCAGGUUCAGCUGGACUUGGUGUGAGCUUAAAGGGCAACAAAUCUCGGGAGACAGGAGCUGACCUUGGGAUUUUCAUCAAAUCCAUCAUCCACGGAGGUGCUGCUUAUAAGGAUGGCCGACUGCGAAUCAAUGACCAGCUUAUUGCAGUGAAUGGGGAGUCUCUGCUUGGAAAAUCAAACCAUGAAGCUAUGGAGACCUUGAGGCGUUCUAUGUCUAUGGAAGGAAACAUUCGUGGAAUGAUCCAGCUUGUGGUUCUCAGAAGGCUAGAUAGGCAGACUGAAGUGGAGCGCAUGGAGCCUGUUGUAUUAUAUCCAAAACUGGAAAAUGAGGGGAAUGUGAAUAUUACAAGUGUUCCUAGACGUAGUGACACUGCUGUGCAGUGUUUUGUAUCAUAUCCCCCUCAGGAAAGAUUGAAAGAGCUGCAUACAUCUGAGACUGGCAUGGCUGAAAAUGAAGUCCCACCCCCUUUGCCUCCACAUCCUAGUGAUGAGCUGCUCACAGAUUAUAAUCACAGCUCAGGAGCAGAUUCAGCAGCAUAUUUACCAGAUCAGCACAUCAACUUCAGAUCCUUGGCACUGGCCAAGCAGACAGAAUCAAUUAAUCUGAAAGCCUCCAAGAGCAUGGAUCUCGUGGCAGAUGAAAGCAACGUUAGUUUAUUGACUGGGAGCAAACUAGAAUCUCCUGGCAGGGAUAUUGGUCCAACCUUGGGUUUGAAGAAGUCAAGUUCCCUAGAGAGUCUUCAAACAGCUGUUGCUGAAGUGAAAAAGAAUGAGCUUCCUUUCUAUCGUCCAAGGCCUCACAUGGUCCGUGGCAGAGGAUGCAAUGAGAGCUUCAGGGCUGCCAUUGAUAAAUCUUACGAUGGACCUGAAGAUGUUGCAGAAGAUGGUAUGUCUGAUAAGAGCUCUCUAUCUGCUCAGGAAGCUCAGAACUUUGAAUCAGCCUUACAUAUUAACUCUGAAUUAGAAGAUGUGGAAGGCAAGACAAAGAAACACAAGAAGACCAAAGAAAAAAUGAAAAUAAAAGACAAGAACAAGAAGAGCAAAUCUAAAGUGAAAGAGAAAGACAAGAAAGAAGAAAAUGAGGAUCCAGAGAGAAAAACAAAGAAGAAAAGUUUGGGUGCCAUGUUGAGGUUUGGCAAGAAGAAAGAGGACAAAGCUGCAAAAAGUGAUCAGAAAGGAAACUCCAAGCAUGCUGCUCUCAAAGAAGAGGACCUCGAAAAGAUGAAGGAGGAGCGGGAAAGGAUUGGCGCAAAGCAUCAGGAGUUACGGCAGAAGCAGAUCCGGGGGUUUGUUGAGUAUUCCACGGGCCCUCUGGGUCCCCCACCUGAUAUUGAUGAUGACGAGAUGGACCCAAAUUAUGCACGUGUUAAUCACUUCCGAGAAAUGUAUCCAGUUGCCAGCUCUUACAGGCCAUCUUCUCCGCCUGUUCCAGACACGUUUGGGUGUGACAGCCCUCCAGCUCCUGUGGACAGGGACCACUUAGAAGGAUUGUAUGCAAGGAUAAACAAGCCCUCCCAUCAGCAUGCUCCAGCUGAGAGUGACCGUCUGGCAGUUGGAACUGCAGAACGCAUCCAGAAACUAAGGAAAGAAUACCAUCAGGCAAGGCGAGAAGGCUUACCUUUCGGUGAUGAUGAUGAAGGCAGAGGAAGGCUGCCUGAUCCACACUGGGUAGGUGUUCAACCAAAGCCUAAGGAAUAAGUAUGCAGCCUAUACUGCUC